AUGAACCACUAUCCAGCGCAACACAACGGCAGCUCGGGAGGAGGCGGCCCACAAGGUGGUGGCUUCAAUUCUCAGCCCCCAAAUCGCCCGCACAUGCCUCCUGGUCCUGCACCGUACAAUCAGCAGCAGCAAGCUUCUAUCGACUACCCACCCUACCCACCGCCCCCUAUCCCAGCACGUCAAACUGGUCCUCCUCCUCCGAUACCUCGCGCGCCGCCGCCGAUGCCUCAAGGCGAUCAGGCCGGUCCCAGCGGGUACAUGAAUCGCACGGCUGAGCGGGCCCAGCCCUACCGGGCCAAUGGCGGGGGCGCUCGUCCUCCUCCCGGUGCUCCCGGUCAAUAUGGAGAGCCAGACGGAAGGGGCGGCUAUCUGCCUGGCCCAGGAUCAGGUCCAUCCUAUGACUCGGGCCGGGCGUCCUAUUCGCAGCCGCCGCCGCGUGCCCAGAAUGGCUCGGCGUACUCUCCCGAGCAGAACCGAAAUCAGUCGUCAUACCCUGCUCUCCCACCUAUCCACUUCACAGAUCGGCCGCCUCCUCCUCCUUUCUACGAUCGCUCGGAUGAUCGGUAUCAAGGAUUCUCGGGCUCGGUGAAUGGCUAUGCCGCGCAAGACCGGGAUCGACCGAGGCAGAACUUUACGACGAAGUCUGAGAGGCCAGGGCGAGGGAGAAGUCCGGAACCUCGUUGUGAGGCCGGGCUUGUAACAGGCCGAUAUACGCCAAUUCACUCCUCCCGCUUCCACUUCUUCGGAUCUUCCCCGCUCCUUGUCCGCGACCCCCACCAGGUCGAUCCGCCGACGGGGCAGGCAGAGACGCCCGAGCAACCGACCACCGAGCCCAGCUCGAACGCCAAUGCCGGACUCUCUUCGUCCGGAACGUCAGUGCAGUAUGAAGCGGACAUCGAUGGUCUGAGGGCGAGCUUUGAUCGAUAUGGCCAGAUCAAGACGUACUUUGAUUUGGUCAAGCAGCGUGGGAUGAUCUUUAUCACCUAUCUGAUCGCGGUCCAGUUUGACCUUCGUGCGGCUGAGAGAGCGAGAGAUGGGAUGCACGAUACACUGAUCAAAGACCGUCGGAUUGACGUCCACUACAGUCUACCCAGGAAGGACGAUCAAAAGCACCCUCCAGACAAGGAUAGCAACCAGGGCUCGGUGGUCGCUACGCUUUUGCGCGGUCCAUACCUGACCAUCGACGAGGUGGGGAGGAUGGCCAAUGAGUACGGCGAUAUCAAGACGGUCCGGCCUGGCCGUAGUCCCGAGCAAGUAGUCGUCGAGUACUACGACGCACGAGGAGCAAUCAGGUUCAUCGACAUGCGGAAUGGCCGUCCAUACAAUAAUGGAACGCUCGAGCUGCUCUUGAUCUGGGACGAAACAGAGCAAGCCGGUCCACCACCUCUCCCUAUCUCCAUCGGCAGAGACCAGGGUCAAAACGGAAGCAACCAGUCUGGACGGCAUGGACCAAACGGAGGACGGGAAGGUCGAGGGCGCAGAAACAGUCGAGUCGACCGUGGCGGGAGAGACGGGCCGGAUGGGCGCCGGCAUGGCGGUCCACCUGUCCCCGGGGGCUACAGGGAUGGGCCUCAUGAUGGGCGAGGGCGCAGCCCGGAUCGUGGACCCGAUAGGAGGGGUUCUGGGGGCAGCUUCCAAGGUGGGCCGAGGGGACCGCCGGGUCCUCCGCAGGGAUUGUCGCAGGGCAGAUAUAACGAUGCUCCGCCACAGACAAAUGGAGACGACCGACUCGAGCGAGCUCGUCAAGUCCAGGAUCUGCUGGCAUCGCUUAGUGGCGCCGUCCCCGCUGCUCCGAAUUCCGCCUAUCCUCCCCAGAACGGCAGCUAUCAGCCCCACAAUGGCGGUCCACCCCCUCUUGCCCCUCCCGCACCUCGACCCUCCGAUCCCCGCCUGAACAAUCGGAACCAGCCUCCCCCACAACAUGCCGGCGGACCCGGUGCACCCCAGUACAAUGCCCCACCGGCUGCCUCAUAUGUCGCACCUCCGCCCAUAUCCUACGGCGGUCCUCCUAGCCAGCAUUCUUACGACUACCCCGCGCCAUCCGCUGCGCCCCCGGGAGGCGGUGGUGGUGGUGGUAUCAGCGACGGUAUCCCGCCCGAAGUCCGCUCGCUCCUCCAAGCCAAUAAAGUACUGCAUCAUCAUCCCUACGUCCCGCCUGCGAACCCGCGUAUCCCUCCUCCGUCUUCGCCUUAUCGCGCCGCCCAUGCGCUGCCGAUGUCCCCAACGGGGCCGCCGCCGCCGUCGCAGGGAUACGGAAAUGGACAACCCUAUCAGCAGAAUCAGCAGCAUCAGGAGGGCUACCAGCCCGCGGCGGGUGGAGAUGUGGGGAGCUUGUUGGCUAUCCUUAUAGCUAGGUCCCGCUCGAUCGAGUCAUGGCGCGAUGGCGGGAGAGUCUGGAUAGCUAUACCAACGAGACACAUUCACAUGCAACAACUAUAUCAUCACGCCACCGUGGGUCGACCCAUGUCGGAGCCCUAA